AUGACGCUCCCGUCUCGCACUCUGGUCACUGACACUUUCGUUGUUCUGUUCAUAUACUGUGCUGUAUUGCACUGCUGUGUUGUGUUAAUAUCUUGUUGCAAUGCUGUGUUGUGUAGCUGCGGUGUUGUGUUGCUGUGUAGCUAUAUUGUGUUGCUGUGUGGUGUAACUGUGGUGCUGCGUUGUGUUGUGUGCUGGUGUUGUUGUGCGGUGCUGUGUUGUGUUGCUGUGUACUGUAGCUGUGCGGUGCUGUGUUGUGUUGCUGUGUGGUGUAACUGCACUGCUGUGCUGAGUUGUUGUGCUGUGCUGUGUGGUGCCGUGUUGUGUCGUUGUGCAGCGAAGCUCCUUGCUAAUGAUAACGAUCAUGUUCUGUCCUCACAGACUUUCAGCCCCUGGGCGGCCGAGCCCCCGGUCACCACCGACUACUACUACGACGAGGAUGAGCAGUACCCGGAGUGGGUCAGCUCCCUGCCCGAGCUGUGUGAGAAGGGGUCUGUGCAGAGCUUUGCCCGCACCUACCAGCCGGUUGUCUACCUGCUGCUGUCAGCGCUGGGCGUGGCGGGGAACGGGCUGGUGCUGCUCAUCCAUGCCCGCUACCGCCAAGCCCACUCCGUGACCGACGUCUGCCUGCUGCACCUGGCCAUGGCCGACCUGCUGCUGCUGCUGACGCUGCCCUUUGCCGUGGCGGGCGCGCUGCAGGGCUGGCUGCUGGGCACCGACGCCUGCCGGACCAUGCAGGGCUUCUACGCCCUCAACUUCUACAGCGGCUUCCUCUUCCUGACCUGCAUCAGCGUGGACCGCUACAUGGCCAUCGUCCGGGCGCCUGCUGCCUACCGCCUGCACUCCCGGGCCCGCUGCUACGGCUGGCUCGCCGCCGGGCUGGCCUGGCUGCUCUCCACCCUGCUGGCACUGCCCCAGUUCGUGUACAGCCGGGCCGAGGGUCACCAGAAACCCCUGCUCUGCAUGGUGCUCUUCCCUGCCGGCGUUUCCAAGGCAGCCAAGGGAGCCACCAACCUGGCCCAGGUCAUCCUGGGCUUCGUGCUGCCCUUCCUGGUCAUGGCCUCCUGCUACACGGCCGUGGCCCGCACCCUGCUGGCUGCCCGCAGCUUCCAGCGGCACAAGGCCCUACGCCUCAUCCUGGCCCUGGUGCUUUUCUUCGUGGCCCUCGAGCUUCCCCACAGCCUGAUGGUGCUGCUGGACACGGCCGACAUCCUGGGCAGCCGGGAGAUGAGCUGCGCCCAGAGCCGCCGCAAGGAUCUGGCUCUGGUGGUGAUCAGCGGCCUGGCCUUCGCCCGCUGCUGCCUCAACCCCGUGCUCUACGCCUUCAUGGGCGUGCGCUUCCGGAAGGAGCUGCGGCUCCUGGCCAGCGAUGUUGGCUGCGUGGGCCGGGCACAGGAUGGGCAGCACCCCAGCCCCAGGUGCCGGUCACAACUCUCCACCUGCCUGGACAUGGUGUAGGAGGCGGCGCUGACCGGGCUCAGCCCUCUCCCUGCCAGCCAGGAGGCCAGGGCUCCCCUCCCCGGCUGGCAGGGGGCUGCUGGGGCAGGCUCAUGGGAGGAGGCAGUGUCAUGUUAGGGCACCCUCCUCUGGCCACUCCAGGGGCAGUG